AUGUUGCCUCCGCCGCAAAGGAGUCCACAAGGCAAGUCACUAGUACAGGAGGAGCGGACUUUGUUCCAGCGUCUGCGACGCGAAGUGGCACUAGAGCGUAGUAUUCCCUCAGGACUGGACUGGCUUGUGCGCUCAUGUGCUGCGAACAAUCGAGAAAUGAUCUGCAUGUCAUCUUUUCAUCCUUCUCUCAUCAGACAUGUAUUAGUGUGGAAGUUUUACGAACCUUACUGGUUUGCUGACCGCUUAGAAAACAGGGACGAUGGUAGCAAGACUGAUCUCGAGGACCCAUCGAAUAACAAUACGGAAGAGAAGGAGUUCCUCUCAAACGUUCCGUACGCAAGCGUGACGGAAGCAUUAACCAUGUUCAAGGAUGACGAUUUAAUUGCAAAACCAGGAUCAAAGUUCAGCUACACGACCCAUGGAUUCACUUUAGCAAGCGCAGUGCUAGAAAAAGCGUCUGGUAAGGAGUAUAAAAAGCUCGUGGAAGACUUGACGUUUCAACUGGGGAUGAGGCACACUACUCUGGAUGUGAACAAGCCAGUGAUUCCGAACAGAACGAAGCACGUAACUAAUUACUAUGUACGCAACAGCAAGCACACACUGGAAAACUGUCCCGAAGUUGACAAUUCCUACAAAUGGGCAGGUGGUGGUCUUCUUUCGGACGUUACGGACUUGCUCAUUUUUGCCAACGCCAUCCUCUACAGCUACCAAGCCAGCCCAAAUACUAAGAACGCUUUUCUUAACAAGAAGAUUAUCGGACUUUUAUGGAAGGGAGAGGCUAGUGUGAACGACAAAACACUUGCUGGUCUAGGAUGGAUGCGCGUGAACGGCGAUGAUUUCGCUGGAGGUCUUAACAGAAGUUCACUCGGCGGGUUAUGGUACCACACGGGUGCUGCCGUUGGUGCGUCUUCUGUACUACUCAUUCGCCCCAACACUAACCGCUCAGCACAAGGCAAUUCUCCUUCUGGAGUAUGUGUGGCCAUGCUGUGCAAUCUCCAAGACACCUCACUACUUAAACUAGCAAAGGAAAUCGAAGAUAUAUUCAGAGAGUGA